AUGAAGUUUCCCGCGCUCGCUGUCAUUCUGCUGAUCGUCGUAUCGCAAUCAUCGAUUUCAAAAUGCCAAACCGGCUCUUAUUCGGCGCUUUCCUGUGCACUCGGCAGAAGCCUGUUUUAUCAGCCAGCGAUCAAAGUUGCCAAUAACGACUUGUACAAAUCGGAGCAGAUUGGAGACAAUGUUAUUUUUUACCUGUACACCAAAGAAAAAUCCGAAGGCGAGACGAUCAAAGUGGGUGACAGUGAUGGCAUUCAAAAAAGCUCCUUCGCACAUCAUAGGCCGACGAAGAUACUCAUUCACGGUUACAUGGCCGAUUCAGGUUCCUGUACGGGGUCGAAAGAUGCUUUUUUGAAAAACGGAGAUUACAACGUGAUCGUGAUCGACUGGUGGAAUAUGCAAUCGCUUUGGGGCAGUAUACCGAAGGAUUAUUUCACGGUCGCGAAGAUGGUCCCAGAAGUUGGACAGUACAUUGCGGAAAUGAUUGAUUUCCUCGAAAAUCAUGGAAUGAACGUAGAAACUACGACUCUUAUUGGACAUUCUCUGGGCUCUCACGCAGUGGGGAUUGCUGGUAAUAGGACUAGCAACAGAGUUCGUUACAUUGUUGGCUUAGAUCCAGCACAACCUUCAUUUGAUGAUAAAAAACCUGGCGAACGCCUGUCAUCGGGUGAUGCUGACUUUGUCGAAGUGAUACAUACAAAUCAAGGCGAUUGUGGCAUGGGUGAACCCAUUGGUCAUUUCGACUUUUAUCCGAAUGGUGGUUCUAGACAACCAGGAUGUAAAAGUAAUACGUGCUCGCACUCUAGAUCCUGGGAAUUAUAUGCUGAGUCAAUAAAUACGUCGAAAGGAUUUUAUGGUCGGCGCUGCGCGGACUUGGAAUCGGCUAAAAAUGGUACAUGCUCUGGAGAAUUAGCGCUGAUGGGCGAUUUGACGAAAAAGAUAGCCACACAAGCGGGAAUUUAUUAUCUUCAAACAAAUGACGCGUCUCCAUACGCAAGAGGUUUAGUUGAAAAAGUGACAAGAAUCAUGAAUUACUCCAUCUUUAUUUUUAUUUUCUGUAUUUCACCCUUUAUCGGGUUAAGCGACGGCGUUCCAAGUAUGGUGGUUUGUGCUUGGGGAAAUCCUUCUAAGGUUAUGAUAGAGUAUGCCAAUGAAGAACAUGAUAGCCAUGUGUCAAAGGUUCUUGACGAUGAUGAUGUAAAAACCUACUUAUUCAAAAAAGAUUCUCCAUAUCCGUUUCAAUUAUUUCUGAAUGAUGAGACUCGUUUAGUUAGCGGUAAUUUUGAAAUCUCUAAGCCGACUUAUAUUUUUGUUCAUGGUUAUAAAAGUUCUAUAAAGUCAUCCUCAAGUACUUUAAUUAGAAAUGCUUUAUUGAACAAUGGUGAUUUUAAUGUCAUUGUUCUUGAUUGGUCCCCAUACCAAUAUUGGGGAUUUAAGGGUGCUUUUCCUAAACUUUAUCCCAAAGUUGUCAGUGAAUUGCCAAAUGUUGCAGAUUAUAUUACUAGAUUUGUCAAGUUUUUAAAAUCAUACGGUAUGAAUAUAAAAACUACAACAUUAAUCGGGCAUUCUCUAGGUGCUCAUGCAGUUGGUAUAGCAAAUUACAAUUUGGAAUCAAAAGUUCCACGUAUUGUAGGUUUAGAUCCAGCGGGACCUUAUUUUCAUCAUAAGGGCGUUGGAGAGCGUCUAUCAAAAGAAGAUGCAGAAGUAGUUGAAGUUAUUCAUUCAGAAAAAGAAAAUUGUGGUUUAUCAGAACAAUUAGGACACUACGAUUUUUACCCUAACGGAGGAAUGAAGCAGCCUAGUUGUAAAACUAAUAAAUGCUCUCAUUCAAGGUCGUAUCGAUAUUUCGCUGAAUCUCUUACCGCAAAUAAUCAAUUUUGGGCUCGUAAGUGCAAAGAUUUAGUACAACUGAAUGAAGAAAAAUGUGACGGAGCCCCAGCGUUAAUGGGUGGAUUAUUCACUAAAAAUAUAGAGCAGGGAAUAUAUUAUCUAAAAACAAGAGAUAGCGAGCCUUUUGCAUUAGGAAAAACUGAUUUGUAAAAAAAUGAAAUGAUGAAUUAAUUAUUUAUGUUAAGAAAGCUGAAAAUAGUAACUAUUAUGUUUAUAAUGUUAGGGCACUUGAAAAAAAUAUUUGAUAAAAAGUUUAAAUUGCAAUUAAAAAUAGACAAAUUAAAAUUAAAAUUGAUAGGUUAUUUAAAAUUAGACUAACUUGGUCACCAAUAUUGUCAUCGAGCAAAGUAUUUGUCCUAAAAACUUACAGUAAUUAAAACAGAAAUCUUAAAUUUACUUAAAAUAUACAAUGAUUAAAAAAAACAUAAAAACCAUAAUUAUUAUUUUAAAAAAACAUAAAAAAUUGAUAGAACCAAUUAUUAUUAUUUACGAGAACUUUGUUUCGGCUGUAGCUUGUGAUAAACUAAGCGCGUGCGCAAAAAAUUCAUUGUUCAUUUACGGUCUUACGUAUCUUCGCUGAUAACGCGCGAGUAAACUUGCUUAUGA